AUGAAAACCCUCAGCAGCCCCAGUAACUCCAGCACCAUCUCUGGCUUCAUUCUCCUGGGAUUUCCCUGCCCAAGAGAAGGGCAGAUCCUCCUCUUUGUGCUAUUCUUUGUUGUCUACCUCCUCACACUCAUGGGCAAUGCUUCCAUCAUCUGUGCUGUGUGCUGGGAUCAGAUACUCCACACCCCCAUGUACCUCCUGCUGGCCAACUUCUCCUUCCUGGAGAUCUGGUAUGUCACCUCUACUGUCCCCAACAUGCUGGCCAACUUCCUCUCUGACACCAAGGUCAUCUCCUUCUCUGGGUGCUUCCUGCAGUUCUAUUUUUUCUUCUCCUUGGGUUCUACAGAAUGCUUUUUCCUGGCAGUUAUGGCCUUUGAUCGCUACCUUGCCAUCUGCAGGCCUCUACACUAUUCUGCCCUUAUGACUGGGCACCUCUGUAACAUCCUGGUGAUCACUUGCUGGGUUCUUGGUUUCCUCUGGUUCCCUGUUCCCAUCAUCAUCAUCUCCCAGAUGUCCUUCUGUGGGUCCAGGAUUAUAGACCAUUUCCUAUGUGACCCUGGCCCUCUCUUGGCCCUCAGCUGUGUGAGAGAUUCUUUAAUAGAGUUGACUAGUUCCACCUUAAGUUCCCUACUUUUAUUUGUCCCAUUUUUCUUUAUCAUGGGGUCUUAUGCUUUGGUAAUGAGAGCUGUUUUGAGGGUUCCUUCAGCGGCUGGACGAAGGAAGGCCUUCUCCACUUGUGGGUCCCAUUUGACUGUGGUUUCUCUUUUCUAUGGAUCAGUGAUGGUCAUGUAUGUGAGCCCAACAUCUGAGCAUACAGCUGGAAUGCAGAAGCUUGUGACUCUGUUUUAUUCCGUGGUUACUCCACUCAUUAAUCCUGUGAUCUACAGUCUGAGGAACAAAGAUAUGAAACAUGCAAUGAAGAAAUUUCUGAAACUAUAA